AUGGUCCUGGGGAAAAACCGAGGUCACCGCAUUGGUCACCGUAAAAAGACUCUUAUCAGCAGACUUGUUCCUAGUUGUGGACGCAUAUUCAAAAUGGUUAGAAGUAGUCCUGAUGAAUCCCACUACAGCGAAAUCAGUCAUCAAGUGAUCUCUGAGCAAGUCAACGCCAGAAGCUCCAGCCGCAGCCUGGGAAAAGUUCCAGGAGGUUACACCAGGCAGGUCUGCAAGAGCAACAGGUCCGUCCGACUUGUGCGAAGGAAACACCAAGAUGGAUUUGCACAGAAAGGAAAAAAUCAGAUACCAUCAAUAUAUGGCUCUUCCUCAAACAAGACGUAUGAGGUCAUGUACAGAUCAAAGGAAGAGUUACAAACCUUGUCCAAUUUCAUGAAGGAAAUCUGGCCUGUGGUAGGAAGAGAAGUGCUUUCUGCCUUUGACCUGUCCCAGUUCCCACUCAUUUGCGAUCUGGGUGGAAACACUGAUGACUUAGCUAAGGAAUUGACUUCAUUCUACCCAAAAUGUACUGUGACCAUUUUUGACCGCCCUGAAGUAGUGGAAGCCUCCAAGAACCAUGGUUUGCCUUCAGAAGAGACCAGGAUCACUUUCCAUGCAGGUGAUUUUUUUAAAGAUCCCAUUCCUGAAGCUGACCUCUACAUUUUGGCCAGGAUUCUGCAUAACUGGUCAGACGAGAGAUGUUUGCAGCUGUUAUCCAAAGUUUACCAGGCCUGCAAACCUGGUGGUGGUGUCUUAAUAGUGGAAAUGCUUCUCGAUGAAGAUAGAAGAGGGCCUUUAGCAACCCACUUCUACUCAAUGUUAAUGUUGCUCUACACUGAAGGGAGAGAAUGGUCAGCAUCCGAGUUUAAUGUGCUCCUCUGCAAAGCUGGUUUCCAAACAGUUGAGUUAAAGAAAGGAAGCCUCUUUUAUAUUAUUCUAGGAAGAAAAUAA